AUGGAAGACGUCCUAUCUCGAGCCUGGGCGCAUGUCAAAUGGGAGGAAGAUCUCGCCAGCCGUGCCAAGGCGCAACAAAGGCAAGAUCCCAAGACGACCAGACCAGACCAAACCGAGCAAGACGAGAAACCCUCUCAAAGACCAGCUAGGGACUCCGGGAAUCGAAACCGGGGCAGGGGCAGGGGCAGGUGCCAGAACCGGCCAAUCGAGAAGGCAGAAGGGAUGGACCGAGUGAUCCAUGUCAUCUCGGGCGGUUUGGAAAUCAGCGGCAUAAGCCAUGCAGCCACGAAGAAAAGCACCUGGAACGCCAAGCACGGCCUAGAGGCAGCUAAGCCAAAACACCUGCUCCUAGGAACGGACGAGAUAAGUUUCACGGCCAAAGAGCAGGAGAAAGUCCUCACUCCUCACCAUGACGCCUUGGUUAUCUCCUUCACUGUAGCUAACUGCCUGGUAAAAAGGAUACUGGUAGAUAAUGGAAGCUCAGGAAACAUCAUCAUCCAGGCCGCAUAUAAGGACCUGGGGCUGGAGGAAGGUGCUCUAACUCGGAGGAUAACCCCCCUUAUAAGGUUCAGCUGGGAGGUUAAACAAACCGCUGUGGAGGUAACCAUCCCCGUAUACGCCGAAGGAGUCAACGUAUCAACCAAGUUCCUCGUGGUAGAUUGCGAUUCGUCCCACAACAAAAUAUUAGGACUGCCCUGGAUCCACGGAAUGGGGGCCGUCCCCUUGACUCUUCAGCAAAUGGUGAAGUUAACUACGCCCUGGGGCAUAAAGGCGAUCAGAGAGGAUUAA